AACCCACCAUUUUUCUCAGCAAGAGAGCAGGAUAGAGAGCUUCGGACUUCUCCGAUGGAGGCCUUCCAUACCGUGGCGAUCAAUGCCCCCAUAGUGGAAAGAUCCGUCUCUGUUGCCGUCUUGCCAGAACAAGAAACGCCUGGGGGCUCUCUUUUCUUAAGCAACAUCGACCAAGCGUCAGUUUUUUACCUGCCGAUGGUUUAUUCUUUCGACAGGAGUGACGCCGAUACGGUAGACGUGAUUAAGAAAGCUUUGUGCCAAGUCUUGGUUCAUUACUAUCCGCUGGCGGGGAGGUUAGCUAGAAACUCGCAAGGGAAGUUGACCGUUGAUUGCGAGAAGAAGUUAGGAGUGCCAUUUGUGGAGGCAUCGGCGAAUUGCGACAUCGAAGACCUAGGUGACAUGAAAUUCCUCGAUCGUAAUGUUUUGCAAAAGCUUGUUUAUGGAGAUGCUACUGAAAAUACGGUAGAAGUUGCACCCCUUUUAACAGCACAGGUAACAAAGUUUAGAUGUGGAGGUUUCACUGUGGGGAUCGCAUUUAAUCAUUGCAUGUUUGAUGGUACCUCCGUAAUGAAUUUUAUGAACUCAUGGGCUGAAACAGCAAGAGGUAGACCUUUAUCCAUCAUCCCUUGUCACGAUAGAACCGUUCUGACAUCAAGGGUUCCUCCUCAAAUCACUGGUACUUCCGACAGCUUUGUUCACAUUAGUGAUGUAUCAGACUUGAAGGCAUUAUACGAGAAAGAGCAGAUUGUGUGGAAAUCUUUUCACUUCGACAACGCGAAGUUGGCAACCCUUAAAAGAAUGGCAACAACCGAUGGACAGAGCAUAAGCAGCUGCUCCAGCUUCGUAGCGCUUGCAGCUCGAGUGUGGCGGGCUCGAACUAUGGCACUGAAGAUGAAACCGCACCAACUGUCGAAGCUUAUUUUUCCUGUUGAUUUCCGGUCUAUGAUGAAACCGCCAAUGCCCGGAUACAUCGGGAAUGCUGUGGUCGAAGCUUGCUGUCUCUGCACCGUGGGAGAGUUGAUCGAUGAGCCAUUCUCUUUCACAGCAGGGAGAAUACGGGAGGCAAUCGAGAGGGUGAACGAGGACUACGUGCGGUCAUGGAUAGACUCCUUGGACGUGCAUCAAUUCAACCUCCUCUCAUUGACCUCUCUCGUGUUGGUUUCGUGGCAAAGGUUUGAUUAUGGCUCCACGGAUUUUGGAUGGGGAAAGCCAAGGACUUUCGGCACCGGUGACCUGCCGACUGGUUGUCUAUUCAUGGCGGAUGGGAGGGAGAGGAAGGGCAUUGUUGUGGUGCUGGGCUUGCCACUUUCGGCCAUGGACACUUUCGAGAAGCUGGUCCAACUUGAGUGA